AUGGCCGCCGACGUUGAAUCAAAACUCAUCAAAUUUCUGAAAGAAGGUAAAUUUGCGUUGCAGAUUGAUGAAUCAACUGUGAUAGAUAACAAAGCUGUUUUAGCUUACGUGAGAUUCAUAAAUGAGAGUAAGGAGAUAAACGAGGAAAUAUUGUUUGCAAGAACUUUGAACACAGAUACAAAAGGAUCGUCGAUUUUUAAAUUGGCCAAUGAUUAUCUUGAGAUUGCUCCAACCAUGUCUGGUUGUCAUACUGAGUUUCUGGGUCACCUUAAAAAAGAAGUACCGGAAGUUCAUUAUGUCAUUCAUCGUCAACUUUUGGCUGCAAAAAAUUGGUUAUUUCUGGCAUAA